AUGAAUCGAGUUGCUUCCAUGAACGGAAGCAGAAGCCGUACCCAAGCUACCUCCUGCAAGGAUCUCACUCAAGAUCAUCGAAAAUUGUACGAAGAGGCAGCAGAGUCCUUUAUCGAAUACGUAAAGAAACUAAUUUUGCAAUCUGAAGGUCCGAACCAACGAGUUGAUGACUGGAUGGUUAUGGGGUUUAUCGAUGAAGCGUACACAGUGCCAGAAAACGGGGAGAAGAAACCAUAUCUUUUUGGAGAAUGGGAGUAUCUCUGGGCGAUUGAUAGAGACGACAUUGCGACGACGAAAUUACCGGUGCAAGUGGAAGCUUCUCCACCGCGUCAAUCGUGGAGAGAAGACUGUUUGUGGUUUCCGGAGCAUCUCAUACCGACCGUUGAGGAUUGGAAAUGGUGGUGCGGAGAAUGGAAGAAAGUGCCGGGAGCAAUUUGGGAGUGGAAACCGACGGAGGAGAUAUGGCCGUGGCAACGGAAGUAUUGGGCUGAAGCUCAUGUAUCGAGGAAUAAAUCUGGAGUUCCAGAAGAUACGUCCUGA